CGGCAACUUUGUCAACAGAAGCAAAGUGGGCCACACUGUCUGUCAGUAAGUCAGUAAAUAGAAUAAAAAAUUGUGAGGAAGGGUGGUUAUUGUAAUUAUUUCGUUUUUGUAAAAUAGUGUGUGUGGUAGCGUGACUGAGGAUGAGUGAGGGACAGAUAGUCGAAACUCCAGAGAAGGAUCGCAAGCAGAGUGACAGUAGUGAUACAGAGUAUGAUCCUCAGUUUAAACCCAUAAUCACUUUACCGGAAGUAGAAGUUUCUACAAACGAGGAAAAUGAAAGAGAACUUCUUAAAAUUCGUGCUAAAUUGUAUCGCUUUGACUCUUCCAGUGACCCACCAGAAUGGAAGGAAAGAGGCACCGGAGAAUUGAAACUUCUUGUACACAAUGUAAGCAGAUCUGUUCGAGUAGUUAUGAGAAGAGACAAAACUCUCAAAGUAUGUGCUAAUCAUUUCAUAACACCAUACAUGGAACUCAAACCAAGUGCAGGAAGUGACAAAGCAUUCGUUUACACUGUUUUUGUGGAUUUUGCAGAUGAGAAGCCAAAAUCUGAAUGUUUGGCUGUUAAGUUUGGUACUAUUGAUAAUGCAGCACUAUUCAAAUCAAAGUUUGAAGAAGCCCAAAACAUUGUAGCCACAGAAUGUGAUCUUUAUAACGGUAAAGGAGAGCAAUAUCUAGGAAAUACUUCAGAAGAAGGUGAAGAUAAUGACGAGAGUAAAGAUAAUGCGUCUGAUAGUGGAGAGUGUGAAGAAGUAACAAUUAAGAUAAGAGAGUUGGAAGUUUCUAAAACUGAGGAUGAAUAAUUUUGAAGAUGAACAUGUGGGUCGCAUAUUAUUUUUCGUAUGUUGAUUUACUUAACUUUUUUUUUUGUCUCUAGUGUGUUCCAAUUUGCAAGGUUAGGUAAUGAAUGUAUUUCUGAAUGUUGACAUGCUUUUGUGGUGCAGCAUUCCAUGCUCAGAUUGAAUAUACAUAUAUUUUUGUAUUUUUGCAUUAUGUAAUAUGCUUUGAAUCUGUUAGAUGUAAUUAUCACCAAGUUUAUUCACGUUUUGACUUUGAGACAUCAAAUAUAUUUUUUCCAAUGAGUAAA